GACACUCUAGGCAUUGCACCGGAAGUUGUUUAUAGGAAAACAAAAACAUUGUCUAUCGUGGAUUAUAACAUUUCAGAAAUUUGGCAGAUUUUUCCGUUAUUGUGGCUUAAUUAUGAAGCCUGCUGUAGAUGAAAUGUUUCCUGAAGGUGCAGGACCAUACGUGGAUCUGGAUGAGGCAGGCGGAAGCAGUGGACUCCUGAUGGACUUGGCAGCAAAUGAGAAGGCUGUGCAUUCAGAUUUCUUCAAUGAUUUUGAAGAUCUUUUUGAUGAUGACGAUAUUCAGUGAACUGUGAUGCAUUUCAACUGCCUUUCUUUGUUGUGCUUCUACUCUGUUGAGGACUUAAACGUUUAUAAGCUAGCUGCUAUCUGGUCUCCUUCCAAGAAGAUGAUCACCAUCUAGAAAGCUGUGAAAGAGUUGAUGCUGAAACAUUUAAAUGGCUGUAAGGUGAAAUUAUACAAGUGGUUAAAACCAUGGUAUGGAACAAUCUUGCAUACAAGGUGCACAAUAUUUUUUGUCAAUAAAAUAAAUUUAAUGUC